GGCCGGAGACAAAAUGGCGGCCGGAUGGUGCCGGAGCCGGGGGUAGCGCUGGGCCACUUAGAGCCGGGCCGGGCCGCGGGGGCAGGCGGUGCAGGGCUCAUGUAAUCAAAGAAGUUUCUUUGUUGUGUGUAUCUUUUCAGAACACAACAGGAAUUCAAAAUGAAUCAGAACACAACUGAAUCUUCAGGAGCAGUUGAGACCUUGGCUGAUGUACCUGAACAUGUGCUGAAAGGGCUUCCUGAGGAAGUGAGGCUUUUCCCAUCUGCUGUUGACAAGACACGGCUUGGUGUUUGGGCAACAAAGUCAAUUUUGAAAGGCAAAAAGUUUGGACCAUUUCUUGGUGAUAAGAAAAAAAGAUCCCAAGUUAAAAGCAAUGUGUACAUGUGGGAGGUGUAUUACCCAAACCUGGGGUGGAUGUGUGUUGAUGCCACCGAUCCAAAGAAAGGGAACUGGUUGCGGUAUGUGAACUGGGCUCGUUCUGGAAAAGAGCAAAAUCUGUUCCCACUGGAGAUCAACAGGACCAUUUACUACAAAACAUUAAAGCCCAUCGAGCCGGGCCAGGAGCUGCUCGUCUGGUACAAUGGGGAAGACAACGCCGAGAUCGCCGCCGCGCUAGAGGAGGAGCGAGCCCAGCACCGCAGCAAGAGGCACUCGCCCAAAGCCAAGAAGGGGAAGAAAAAAGCCCAAGAGGGUAAAAACAAAGGAAAGAAGGCAACAGAUACAAAGCAGAACAAGACUGAUUUAGAUUUUACUUCCAGAGAUAUGAAGGACUCUAAAGAGGGCCAUAAAGAGGAAGAUGAAAAGCCUUCUGUUUCUGCUGUGCUUUCAUUGGAACAAACAGCUGUGAUUCAGGAGAUGGUAAAUCAAGAUGCGCUUCCAAAACUGGUGAUCCCCAGUCUUACAAGUGAGCAACAAAUAAUGUCUGAAGAGAAAUCAGAAGCUAUUACAUCAGACGAUUUGGAGGAAGAGGAGGAGGAGGAGGAAGAGGAGGAGGACGAAGAUGAAGAGGAGAUGGAAGAUGCCAGUAUGCCCAUCGAAAGUGGUGGAAAAGAGUCUCUCCUGUGUGAAGAAAAGCUGGACUCUCCAGAAGAACAAAGAAGUAUGUCAGAAGAAUCUCCAGAAAGCUCUCCAAAAAAAAUGCCAGUUGUGAAAAUUCCUAAAGUAAGAGGUGAAUCCAAUGGCGACCUCCAGGAAACUUUCAUGUUUCCCUGUCAGCAUUGUGAGAGGAAAUUUACAACAAAGCAAGGACUUGAACGUCACAUGCAUAUCCACAUAUCUACUGUCCAUCAUGCUUUCAAAUGCCGCUAUUGUGGGAAAGCCUUUGGUACUCAGAUUAACCGGCGAAGGCAUGAGCGGCGUCAUGAGGCAGGGCCAAAAAGGAAACCAUUCUUAACAUUAGCUUCCUCGCAGCAGUCAGAUAAUAUUGCUGAUAACCAAAUACUUGUAGAUGACGGUCUUAAAGAUGAACUAAAUGUUUCUAAUCUUGCACAAGACUCUGCAAUCUUGGAUCCUGAGAAGGUCUCCCAAGAAAUGUCAAAUUGUGCUUUUGUGGAAGAGAACAAGGAACCCAAAGAAUUGCAUCCUUGCAAAUAUUGUAAAAAGGUUUUUGGAACUCACACCAACAUGCGUAGGCACCAGCGUAGGGUUCAUGAACGUCAUCUUAUUCCCAAAGGUGUCAGGAGAAAAGGAUGCUUUAUUGAAGAACCACAGCUUCAAACAGAACAGGCCCAACCAGCCCAGAAUGUGUAUAUAGCAAAUACAGAGUUAGAAGAAGAAGGUGAAGCAGAUGAUGUAUACAUUAUGGAUAUUUCCAGCAAUAUUUCUGAAAAUUUAAACUACUAUAUUGAUGGUAAAAUUCAGUCCAAUAGUAGCACUAGCAAUUGUGAUGUGAUUGAGAUGGAAUCCAACUCUGCAGAGUUGUAUGGAUUAAAUUGUUUAAUUACUCCAGUCACAGUGGAAAUUUCUCAAAAUGUAAAGGUUACGCAGAUGCAUGUGAAUGAUCUUCCCAAGGAGCCCUCAAGCAGUGGAAGCAAUGAAUCAAAGAAGAGAAGAACAGCUAGUCCUCCUCUUAUACCAAAAAUAAAAACGGAAGUAGAUCCAGAACCUGUAACGCCAUCAGGUUCAUUAAAUCUUCCUCUUAGCAUUUCAACAGCUGAGAGUUUACCUUUUCACAAAGAAAAAAGUGUGUAUUUGUCAUCUAAAUUAAAACAACUGCUUCAGACACAGGAUGGUAAUAAGAUAACUACAUCAACUGAAAUUCCUAAAUUAGGACCUGCUGCAUCAUCACCCAUUUUGCCUCCAGUUUCUAGUAGGUUUAAGAGAAGAACCAGCUCUCCUCCUAGUUCUCCGCAGCACAGUCCAGCCCUUCGGGACUUUGGCAAACUGGGUGAUGGGAAAACUGUGUGGAAUGAUACAGUUCUAGGUUCAAAGAUGCCAAAGUUAGAAAGCCACAGCAACUCGCCUGCAUGGAGCUUGACUGGAAGGGAGGAAAAAGAAACCAUGAGCCCUCUUUGCUUUGAAGACUACAAAAUAUCUAAGGAAUGGGCAGGCCCUCCUACCUUCGGUAAUGUGUGCAACCAGCAGCCGUUAGAUUUGUCCAGUGGUGUAAAGCAACGGUCUGAUGUCAAAAGUAAGAACCAGGUUCCUUGGGAAUCUGUAUUAGAUUUAAGUGUGCAUAAGAAACCUUGCAGUGACACUGAAGUUAGAGACUAUAAAGAAAAUAAUCUGGUGCAGCCAGCAUGUAGUAGUAUUAAGAAGAAACCGACCACGUGCAUGUUAGAAAAAGUUCUACUGAAUGAAUAUAACGGGAUGGAUGCAGCUGCAGAGAGCACACCAGAUUUGAAUAGGACCCUCAGUCCAUGUAAAUCAACAGAACUACAACCAGAGCCCGACACUGAGCUUAGUCUGUCUGCGCCUUCUGUUGAGGCUCAUUCACUUAGUUCCUGUACUUCACCUUUGCCUCAGAUGUCGUCUGCAUCAUCCUCAUGCCAGCUACCCCCUCUCCUAACUCCAACAAAUCCUCCUUCCCCACCACCUUGUCCCCCUGUUUUAACAGUUGCUACAUCACCCCCUCCACUCCUUCCCACUGUUCCUUUACCCCUUUCAGAUGCCUGUGCCAGUGUCACUCACACUCCUUGCCCAUCACCACUUUCAAAUGCUACAACACAGUCCCCACUUCCCGUCCUUUCACCCACAGUAUCCCCCUCUCCAUCCCCUGCACCUUCUGUUGAUCCUCUCACUUCUGCUAUUUCACCUGGCCCUCCUACACUCUCCUCCUCCUCCUCCUCGUCAUCGCCUUCCUCCUCUUUUUCUUCCUCCUCAUCCUCUUCAUCUCCUUCUCCUCCUCCUCUCUCAGUAGUUUCUUCUGUUGUUUCCCCUGCUGAUAAUCUAGAAAACCCCCUGCCCAUCAUAGCUUUUAAGCAAGAAGAAAUGGAAAGUGAACAUGAGAAACCAAGGGAAGAUCCACAGACUUCAAGUGAAGCAGGUGUAGUUCAAGAAACAUUCAAUAAAAGCUUUGUGUGCAAUGUUUGUGAUUCACCCUUUCUUUCUAUUAAAGACCUAACUAAGCAUUUAUCUGUUCAUGCUGAAGAAUGGCCCUUCAAAUGUGAAUUCUGUGUACAGCUGUUUAGAGAUAAAAUGGACUUGUCAGAGCAUCGCUUUUUGCUUCAUGGGGUAGGAAAUAUCUUUGUUUGCUCAGUAUGUAAAAAGGAAUUUGCUUUUUUAUGCAAUUUGCAACAGCAUCAACGAGAUCUCCAUCCGGAUAAAGAAUGCACACAUCAUGAAUUUGAAAGUGGCACCCUUAGACCCCAGAAUUUUACAGAUCCUGCUAAAGCAAAUAUCGAACAUAUGCAAAGUCUACCAGAAGAUUCCUUAGAACUCUCUAAAGAGGAGGAGGAUGAAGACCUAAAUGACUCCUCUGAAGAGCUUUAUACAACCAUAAAAAUAAUGGCUUCUGGAGUAAAGGCAAAAGACCCAGAUGUCCGUAUGGGCCUCAAUCAACACUAUCCGAGUUUUAAGCCACCUCCAUUUCAGUAUCACCACCGAAAUCCUAUGGGUAUUGGUGCCACUGCUACAAAUUUCACAACCCACAAUAUUCCACAGACUUUCACUACUGCCAUUCGUUGUACAAAAUGUGGGAAAAGUGUUGAUAACAUGCCUGAAUUACACAAACACAUCUUGGCAUGCGCCUCUGCCAGUGAUAAAAAGAGAUAUACACCCAAAAAAAAUCCAGUACCACUGAAACAGACUGUUCAGCCUAAAAAUGGUGUGGUAGUUAUAGCUGGCACUGGAAAGAAUGCUUUCAGGCGAAUGGGACAACCUAAGAGACUUAAUUUCAACGUUGAGAUUAGCAAAAUGUCCUCUAGUAAACUAAAAUUAAGUGCAUUGAAGAAGAAAAAUCAGCUUGUCCAGAAAGCAAUCUUGCAAAAAAAGAAAUCUGCACAACAGAAGGCCGACUUGAAAAAUAGUGCAUCCGAGUCGGACUCUCACAUCUGCCCGUACUGUAACAGAGAGUUCACUUACAUUGGAAGUUUGAACAAACACGCAUCGUAUAGUUGCCCCAAAAAACCUGUCUCCCCAUCCUCGAAAAAAAGCUCAUCAAAAAAAGCUGGAAGUUCCUCAUCACUUGCAAGCAGUGAUAAAGGCAGCAACCAGCGUAGGCGAACAGCAGACGCCGAAAUCAAAAUGCAGAGUAUGCAGGCUCAUUUGGGAAAAACGAGAGCACGAACCUCGGGGCCCACGCAGAUUCAGUUGCCCUCUGCAUCUUUCAAAUCCAAGCAAAAUGUAAAAUUCAUACCUCCACUUAGAUCAAAAAAGCCAAAUUCAUCAUCUUCUUUAAGGAACUCCAGCCCCAUGAGAGUGUCCAAAAUGACUCAUGCUGAAGGGAAAAAACCGAAAGCGGUAGCUAAGAACAGUUCUGGAAUCUCGAGCAAAGCGUCUCGGAAGUUGCAUGUAAGAAUACAGAGGAAUAAAGCCGUUUUGCCAAAUAAGUCUGCUGUGGCAAGCAAGAAGAAGGCAGACAGGUUCAGUGUAAAAUAUAGGGAGAGGAUUGGAGGACCUGUCACGCGAAGCUUACAGCAGGCAGCUAAUGCAGACACAAUAGAAAGCAAGAGAGAUGAAAGCAGUGCAAAACAAGAACUAAAAGACUUCAGGUAAGCUCUUCACUCAGUUUGACUAAAAGAGGAACAUGUUUUAUACCCGGGGUUCUCUCCAGCUCUUUUUCAAGUUUAUCUCAAAUUUUAAAUUAAAGAAGGUUGCAAAACUUGUAGCAUGGUUAGCAGUUCAGUCAGGCUGAGUAUGUUGUACAUGCUUUAUGCAUUUGUUCACGUCGUGCCAUGAACGUCAUCUGAAGAAAGUGGUUGAACUGCAAACUUAAAUGGAAAUCCUGGGGGGCGGAAACCAGUCAGUGUGAAGGCUAAUUAACUUAAAGUUUGUAUGUCAUUUGAGAGAGGACCUUGCUUUAACAUCCCGUGUGCAAUUAUACAUGAAACAUUCUAGAUUAGAUAUGUAUGUCAGGGUUCUUUCUCAUCCAUUGACCUAAUAGUGUGGAUGAUCUCUGCAAGUAUUCUGUGCCUAAUGUGCAGGGUAAUGCAGAUAGUUUAAUAAAUGAAUGCAUAGCAAGUAUGUACUUAUUGGCCAAACUAUGUUAACUAGUUCUCUCAGGCUUUGCAUAGACGUAACAUUUGGAGCGCUCCAAACAGUGGGCAGAUGUUCAUAAGCUGAAGUAGUGCUUCAAAAACAAUCCUCAGAAAAUGAGAAACAUCUUCGAAGUGCUCUAAAAAGCGUGACAGGGGUUUGCUAGGUCCUCCAACAUCCCAUUAUACUCCAUUCUGCUUCCGUCCCCACCUCUUGGGAUACCUGUUGUACUGGAGGACUGCGUGUUCUCAUCCUUUAAUGCCAGUCAGUCCCCGGAGUGCUCUGCCUCAAAGCUGCUGAGUUUCCAUAUUUAACUUGAGUUUAUCCAAAAGCUUAUGCAGAGAGAGAGAGUUUAUCUUCAACCAAAAAUUCUCAUUGCAUUUAUAUGGCCAAAGAGCUUUCUCUUAAAUUUGAUUUAGUAGUGGUUUGUUAUUUUUUGUCAGGGUGGGGAGGAGUUGGGGGUUGGGUUUUUUGUUUGUUUUUUUUGAGAUUAUGCAGAGUAAAAGUCACUUCAGGUUUAAUAAGCUAUGUAACCUUUUUGGAACCAUUCAUUGUGUUCUCCUGUAUACCUGUCUGCAAGCAAACAGUUUGAGAAAAUGACAGUAAAGCAUUUAAAUAGGGAACAGUUAAAAACGAAAGGAUUUUUUCAAAGAAUUGAGAGAGAUUGAAAGUGUCAUACAUUUUGAUUAGGGAUAACAUGGUCAAAUUGAGCUUAUCAAAUAAUAUAUGUGAAUGCUCCCCUCUGUCAAAAAUCUCUUACACUAUCUUAAAUGGAAAUUUGAGGCUUGGAAUUAAGGUGAUAUACUAGUUUCAUUUUGAGCAAACCUGUUUUCUUGAUCACCAGAAGAGUUUGAAGCAUACUUCAAUAUUUUGGAAGUUGGAAUCCCAUUAAAAGUUGUCCUGUUGACUCCUGAAUCACUAAUAUAUCCUUGCAAAAGUUAACAAGGAUUUCCAAUAGCAAAGUUUGCUUUCUCUGGGUAUUUCAAAACGCAAAUGUGAUGGACAAAGAAGCUACUGAGUCUUAUUUCUUUUCUAUCCAAAUAAACUAUUCCAAGACUUA